CCCUACUCCGUACUCUUUGGUCAGCUCAGGCAGACUCAGCAAUUGUCAAAGACCUCUCUGCCUUAAACAUUGUGCAUGCACCCCAGGAGAAAACUGCUCUGACACUUUUUCGACCCCGAGCGCCUGUGUAUUGGUCGACAGUCAUGACUCAAUUGUCCCCGUUUCGAAUCUUCGAGAUCUGCAACUUCCACUGCCGCCCCGGACGCACAGACUCUUCAGCCUUACCCAGAUGACCAUGCACCAUGCGAAGCCUGAAUGCUGUCAGUCGGAAUCUCUUGUUCUUGCAAUCGAAGACUUGAAAGGGACAACGCCCAGACUCAACGCUGAAUAUCUCUCAACCACUCGGUUUACGCAGCCCGUUUGAUCGUGGCAACGAUGGCCACUUCAGCACCUCACUCCCCUGCCCCUCGAGAUGGCAACUCUUACUUCGACAUUUCACCCGAUCGGCCAUCGCCUUCUAAGCUACUGCGUAUUCAUCAAUUAAACAUGGACAGAGCGUCAUCCCUCCCACCCCGACGACUCUCUUCCCCCGCGAAGAGAGUUCCACAAAUCCGACCCCGCUUGAAUCAGUAUUAUACGCUGGAUCAUGCCGUUUCACUCCUCAAAUCCUCGAAAAACAUCAUUGUCUUGACGGGCGCUGGCAUUUCGACUUCGUUGGGAGUACCCGAUUUUCGUUCUGCUAACGGUGUUUACAACCUGCUCGUUGACUCGGUAUAUGAUGAUCCACAGGAACUUUUCCACAUCGACAAUUUCAAAGCCGACCCCGAAGAGUUUUUCAAACAGGCUGCAAAGGUGUUUCCGAAAAUGCAGGGCCUUGUGCCCGCUGACAGGGCCGUCGAUCCGAGCAAGCCAGCGCAUGAUAUUUCUGCUCCUCUAGUUCCAAAAUACAGUUUAACGCACGCCUUCAUCUCUAUGUUGCAAUCAAAGGGGAAGCUUUUGACCAAUUACACCCAAAACAUUGAUGGACUAGAGCUUGCUGCCGGUGUCUCACCCUCGAAAUUGAUCCAAUGUCAUGGCACGUUGGCAACCGCCACCUGCAUGAGCUGUGGGAAACGGACGACAGCCAGGAAGUACAUGCCUGUUGUGCGGGCGGGAGGAGUGCCCUAUUGUAAAUGCACCCUCGCCGACGGGGGUCCAAAACCCAGAGCUAGCACCAAGCACCGCGGACGCAGCGGCAAAAAGAAACGCAAGCGGGACGAAUUCGAAGAUACGGACUCCGAAGAUUCAGCGGCGAAAACUGAUUUUCCCAAGGGCCUGCUCAAACCGGACAUGACCUUCUUCGGCGAGGACAUAGCUGACUCUUACGCUCCUCGACUGAAAAUUGACAAAAGCAAAGUGGACCUGCUCGUCAUCGUUGGCACAUCUCUGAAAGUCGAGCCUGUCAAUGAAAUGCUCCUCAACAUCCCUGUAACAGUGCCACAGAUAUGGAUAAGUAAGGACCGUUGCCAGCGGGAAGGGGUCAAGGUUGACAUUGAACUUUUGGGCGAGUGUGACCUGGUCUUGGAAGAAAUUGCUCGCCGGGCAGGCUGGGAAGAAGCGUUGAAGGAGAAGCUGUGGUCCAGUGAAAAGUCCUUAACCACGAAGGAUCCGUUUACAAAGAAGCCGAGUUCCAACAAAGAGCAAGCCAUGCCUGAAGAGAGAAAUGCCAGUUCGCCGCCCGCGAAAACCGAGGGAUCUCUCCAGAUACGCCCGAAAGCGACCGAAGCAGCUGGUCCCAAGACACCACCCAUCAGGGACAUCAUCAUCAAAAUAAAUGACGAAGAGAUCGCUACGUCUGCAGAGGCAGAUGUUAAACAGGAUCCAAAAGAAAGGUCAAGCGAAAAUGGUAACAACGGCGUCGACGCGAACAAAAGCAAAUCGAGAUGCAGCAACGGCGCAGCGCACGAACAUGUCAAUAUGGAAGCAAAACAGAAAACACAGCAUCAAUCACCGUCAAAAGUUAUUGUCGAGCUCGAAGAAGGGACCAGGUCGAGAUGGUAUAUCCGACGCGCAAAGUGAAAUCGGGUUUCUGGCUGGCCAGAAAGCCCUGACCUUGCAACAUCGAGCAUGUCCUGAACAUCAAAGUGGAGUUAUUGGCAUAUGCAUUGGCUUGGGUACGAACAUGUGUAUCGGCGUUGACAUUAGCACCUCGCGCUUGACGCCGUGCGCUGUGCACUGUGCACUGUGUGUAUGUGAAGCGUCGGGUUGUGCACGUCCGGACAUUGAAGUCGGACUAUGUAUUUACCAUAGGGCCUGCUUGAGCUACAAAAGUUAUUGAGAGAGCAAUUGGCGACUGAAUACAUACUUGUUUGGCCAAGUGCACAGCCGUCCCUUUUUGCUUCAGCGUUUCUCCUCCGUGGGUCUCCCUCUCCCCUUGUCUGUAGCCCUCUCCCAUUUCGGGAGGACGAAGGGGCUAAGUAUGUUGUUUAUA